UGAACAGUUUAUGCUGAUCACAUUCAAUUCUAUUCAUCCCUAAUCGCUAUGGCUGUCUUUUCAAAGCUGGUAAGAUCCAUCAACAAGCAUGGAAAAACCAAGAAACCACAAACCAUUUCACAAUCAUGCAAAGUUUGCUCUCUCAUGCUCAAUGGACUGAAAAUCAAGGGAAAGCUUCUGCUCCCCUUGGUAGCUAUCCCAGACAGUCAACCAGCCAUGGCUCUGUUCAGAGCAGGAGGCUGUGAGAAGAGAAAGGGAAAAUCUGUGGCUGCUUUGAAAUUUUCUCAAAACUAUGUGUUUCUCACCACCAAGAACCAGGAAUCUGUCAAGUUUGCCUAUGAGAACAUUGUGUCCGUGGACAUCACUGAGCGAAAGAAUGAGGUGGCCAUUGUUUGCAAGAGGCCCGUUGAGAGCAACUCUUAUUGGUGUGUGUGCCUCAAGCUCAAAACUGCUAAAGGAUUCCAAAAAGGCAAACUAUCCAAGAGCAGGAAAAUUACUGGCAAGGAAAUCCAACAACUCUUACAACCUCUACUCUGUACCAGCUCACCGCUACGAACUGUUAGCGCUCCACCAAAGGAUGAGCUACUAGUCAGCAGAAGCUUCGUCUCUGACAUUGCAGAGCUAAGUGAGUCUGAACAAGAAGACACAACAAACUACAAUUAUGCUACUGUAUUGAGUGAUGAAAUAGAGCGUAUAAUUGCUUCUCAAGAAACUGAAGUGGAGCAAUACAACCAGGAAUUUGAUUCACUAGAGGUGUAUGAUGCUGAACAAGAGAGUGCCUCACGAGAAUUUCACGGAUCCGAAAACACUUGGGAAUUCUCGGAUUAUAAUACGGCGAUUCUUAAAUGUGCAUCAUGUCCCAUCAUUUAUAUGGAACCUUGUGAAGUUGAUUGUGAGCCAACUGAGGAUGAAUAUGGGCUAAGUAAACGACAUUUGAGUCAAGAGGUGACUUUGACUAAUGCUCUACAACUCAGCGAUGAAGCCUACUACGCCCGAAAUUGGAAUCUCUCUGCUGGAUACUUCUAUUUCGAACAGACCCAGCAAACAGCUCAGCAAGCAUCCGCCUUCCCAAUUGUUCAGAGCGCCACCCCUGGCUACAACUAUACAGCUCAGUACAGUAGCACUGCUAUGAACUACUACUACAAUGCCUACCUAACCUGCCUGUGGCAGCUCCAAUACACCUUGUGCCCCCCAACCCCCGAGGCAAGCUCCAGCACUGAACCAGAUGCUUGUGUUUGCAUCAAUUGUCUACAAGGCCGAGCAUUCAAGCCCUCAGUCCUGGAAAGGAGCCCUGAGCUUGCUUUUGGUUUGGACCACUCUCCAGCCUUUUGCUUUGUCGGCGAACAGUACGAGACCUCACCUCACAUCUUGUACACUGACCGAAAAGAGUCUCUCAUGAACUCUCAGGCUCCUCUUGAUAUCAAUGCAAUUGAAUCUGACUGCUAAUCACCAUAAUUAAAUAAUGAGCAGUCACUGCAAUCAGUUUCUCUCCUCCUAAAAAGAACUUUUUUGCCCUAAUCAAUGU